GCGCUGAGCACGGGAUUGAUAAGAGAGAAGACAGCUGGGCGAAAAACAUAAACAUUGUGGUGUGUUUUGUGAAAGUGUGUGAAAAAUUGUGGUUUUUCAGUGGAAAUUGCUGUGGAAAAGUGUUAAAAAUGAGCUCUAUAGAAGGUCUCCAUUGGUAUCCCCGGAAUCCCGACUACUUCUACACAUGGGGCUGCGAAAUGAAUGUGUACAAAGUGGAUACAAGCCUCCGGCAAAAUCUCUCAGUAACUUCCAAUGCCUACCUAGACCUCUCUCCCUGCACUCAUGGAGUCCUCCAGGUGUCCGAGCCAAGAUAUGUGUACAUCAGAUGCACUGCCCCCUCUUUCCAGCCCCAUUCCCUGACAGCAGCCGCUGGUCUGGUGAAUGGAAAAGCAGUUCUCUGCAAUUUCAUGACCAAUUCCGACACAAACAUUGAAUUCACGCCAAAGCACGCACGUCCCUGCCUCAGUCUGGGCUGGAGUGAGACAGAGACAAAUCUGCUGGCAAUGGGCUAUGACAGGAAUCGUUCAGACCACAGUAUCUUUGUUUGGGAUACGUCAAAGGACCUCAACAUCGUCCAACAAUUUGGCCUUUCAGAGACAGCACAUUCACUGUGCUGGGACAAAAACUCCCGUGUCAUUUAUGCAGGCAUGAGCCACAAGCACAUCAAGGUGUUGGAUCUCAGGUCAGGGAGUUCGAGUGUGUCAACAACGAGUACAAGGGCCAUUCAUGGGUUAUGCUUAGCUCCUGGUGGUCGUUAUUUAGCCAGUUACAUCGAUAACAACUUGACUUUGUGGGAUGUGAGGAAUAUUGAGAAAUCGCUGAGUCAGCGACAGACACAGAAGAAUAUCAAUCAUCUGAUUUGGUGCCCAACAAGGAGUAGUGUUUUGAGUAUUCUUCAGAGGGAUUCACCAUUUGUUCAUCUUCUGGAUCUCCAUUGGUCGGGGGGAUGUGAUAUGGAAGGUGAACCAUACACCAUGAAACGCUAUGCUGCUCCCUUUCAGUCGAGAAUCCUGUCGGGGACACGGAAUAUUACAAUUCAGCACAUUUCGUGGCAUCCAAAAGAUUUGGAGAGAAUGUUGGCUGUAACUGGUGCGGGAAAUGUGACGGAUUUUCAGGUGCCGCAGCGAGUUGCAAUUGCAUGGGAUACGAAGAACAACUUGUGGGGAUCAUCGGGGGUUCGUUUGGAUCUCAUGCAAUUUCCUGCCAAUUCUCCGAGUGUUUCGGGGGAUUCUGUGGUUGAUGUGACAUCAAACACAGAUGAUGAUAUCUCAGCUGUGAUUUACCGACGUGCACUGAUGGAUUAUGGGCACGGAACGGAUAUACAGCGCAAUGAAGAACUUACGCAGAAUGUGAAAUUGAAGAGUGUUUGGAAGUUGUUGGCACACAUGAGUCGCGAUGAUUGGGCACAGGGGCUGAAAAAGAAGCUGGGAAUAUCUAAUACACCGGAUGUCGUACAGACGAUGCAUCGAAGUGAAAUUAUAAAUAUUCCUUGGCCAGAUUUUCCAGCAUUUGGCUAUAUUCGCAUAUUUCGGAGUGAAAAUAGGGAUUUUGCCCAGCAAUUGUGUGGCUGGACCUUUGACCGAGAGCGUGAUGGGACUUUUACUGGGUUUAUUGAUGAGCUGAUGGCAAGGAAGGAAUUUACAAGGGCUGCCUUUGUGGCUGUAGUUCAUCUUAGGGUCAAAUAUGCCAUCGAGAUAUUGGCUAAGGGGGCAGAUUUAGCAUCAAAUGACCAGUCAAAUGGCUUUCGAAUGGCAGCUAUAGCUCUGUCGGGUUUUAGUGUGGAAAAAAGUGCCAUUUGGCGCAAUCAGUGCACCCAGGCACAUUCUCAAAUCACAGAUCCGCAUCUCCGGGCUAUUUUUGCCUUCCUCGCUCCUGAUUCGGCUGAAAGCUAUGAAAUGGUUCUCAAUGAAACAGACAUCUCACUAGGAGAUCGAAUGGGUUUUGCUUGUGUCUUCCUGUCGGAUCAACGAUUAUCGGAUUAUGUCAAAUCGUCUAUUCAGUCAUGCAUCGAGAAGGGUGACCUCAAUGGUAUCCUCCUGACGGGUGCCACCAAUGAGGGUAUUACCUUGCUCCAGAGUCACCUGGAUUGGACGGAGGAUGUGCAAACAGUGGCCUUGAUUGCUGUUCACUUUAUGCCGAUCGAUCUGAUUCGGGAUUAUAGGGUGCAGUACUGGAUCACGAGCUAUCAAGAUCUGCUGAAUACUUGGGGUUUGUGGGAACAGAGGGCUCAGCUGGAUAUUCUUUUGGGUGCCAUUAGGUCUCCGCCGCGUGUCUCCAAGUCCGUUUUUCUCAUGUGUAGCUUCUGUGGGAAGAAUGUGAGUGGAUGUAUUCAGGAGGAAGUGAGAAGUCGCACGGGUACGGCGCAUGUGAACAAAUUGUCAUCCUGCCCAAAUUGCCGGAAGCCACUGCCACGGUGUGCUCUGUGUUUACAUCAUAUGGGCACAACGACAGGUAGUGCAGCCAGUCAGCAUCUCUGUGGAGGACACAGUGCACUUGGAUGGCAGUCAAGACCGUUCUCCAAGUGGUUCUCUUGGUGCCAGACCUGUCGACAUGGUGGCCAUACUGAGCAUCUGGCUCAGUGGUUUCAGAACAAUUCCGAGUGUCCUGUGACAUCGUGCAAUUGCAAAUGUUUUGCCGUGGACCAACCCAUGCCAAAAUUCCCCACGGAGAAUCUACAAGCUACACAUACGGCAUAGAACCAUAAAUAAAUAUAUUACUGCUACUUUUUUUUAUACUAUAUAAACAGUUUAAUAAAUUUGACAUGUUCAGCAUGUGAUUCCAACA